GUGGUAUGUAAAUUUGAUUUUCUUCGGAAAUAAUUCUUCUCUAUCGAAGUAAUGGAAAAUCCCACCUAUCUACCAUUGUUUAGUUCAUAUCACUUUUUUCUAGCCUUCUGAUUUAAGUCCCUUACUGCCUGUUCUGUUACUUUCCGUUGAAGAAGUUCCUCAUUUGUCAUUACUGUUCACUAUCUAUCAUAGACUUAAAUGUCCUCCGUUCCGAUGUGUAUGGUUUUCUGUAUUCAUUGCUGAUUUGUGUCUGAAUUGUUUCCCAAUACUUCCUGAACGGAAAACAUUGUUCAAGCUGAUUAUCUUUAACAUUAGUAGAGAGCUAACCAGUAAAUAAUGAACAACUUGACAAAACAGUUAGAAUUAAUUUUCAAUUCCCUUUCGUCGGAAUAUCUGUACCAAUACGAGCUGUCCGUAGGCUUCGGUUGAUUUUAAUUUGCUUCUUUUUUAUAUUCAUUACUACUCUGAUCUGUUUUCAUACCAUUUUUCGUUCAAAUUAGCUCCCAGUGUCUUUUACUUGUUCGUAUUAAUGCACGGCCAACCUACCUUGUAGUACUGAUUUGUAUGCAUGUACUGGAUUGUAAGAACUGUGAUUUAAUGUGACAAGCUUUACGUAACUCUUACGAUGUUUACGAGCGCUAGACUUACAAGUUAUCGUAUGUUCGAUUUUUUUGUACGCUAAGAAUCGGCUGCGAAUUCGGUUGAAACAGACUGUUAUACUUUGCUGUUUCAACAGACUUCCCAAUUAAUUGCGUUAGUGUACAAGGCACUGUGACAUAACGGGCGAUAAGAUUAUCGACUGUUAUUGGUACGACUAAUAUCCGUAAUUUAAUCUGCGAAAAAUGAUGGAUCGAAGAUCCAUCAAAUUUUCUUCGUGUGGACAGUGUACGUUGAUGAUGUUGUAGUUAUAAAAAACGACCUUUAAUUCUCAACAUGCACAUCCUUGCGUUGACCGGCUGCCAUUCAAUUACUCACUGCCGCGUCUUAUCCAGCACUAUGCCGUAGCUUUAAUAGAAGAUCGAUGUCACUCGAUGUCCGCUAUUCUACAUCUUUAUUAUAGAUUUAUUCAGUCGUAGGGUAUUCUACCGCAGUCAACGAAACCUAGCCACUUUCUGUUCCAUGUUCCAAGUUUCCAAUCGUAGCCUUUUUUCGGGUUGAUCUAUGCUGAUUGAUCCGGGUUGUAUUCUCUUCUGUGCCAGGUGUGUCAGUUAACAAUGCGGGAUUCUUGAAAUGGGAAUGUUGAUUGUACGCAAAAUGUUUAAGAUAAACUUUUCAUGCACGCUCUUUUUCAUGUUUUCGCCAAAUCAAAUACCACGUCUACGAGAUCCUAUCGAAAAGCCUUCACAGCUAGUGAAGUUUUGUUCAACCAGUGCGUGACACAUCGAUAAGAACAAAUGAUAAUCGCAAGGGGCCAACUCAGGGGAGUACGGUGGGAGAGUUUCUAUCUGAGCUCAGAAAUGAUGGUUUUGACCGCUUUCUGGUCGUUUUUCGAGCAAUCACAUUUUAUCAUUAGCUGUCGGUUUAGCGAUUAGUAUUUACAGUUUCUUUUUUUGGUUAGAGAAACUCGCAGUACUAUUCAUCAAAUGCUCAGCAUAGUUUUUUUUUUCGAAGUAAAUUCAUUUCUCAUCUCCCUCCACGAUCUGGUGCAAAAAGAAACAACCAAAAUUUCGCUCACCGUUUUUCGCAUUUUUCGUUGUCUGUCAUUCAACUCUUGACGAACCCAUGUUUCCAUCUCCUGAAUCUUUUCCAAAACGUGCAUACUAUCUAGAAUGGCUUGAUGAUUAUCGGUUAAUCUCUCCGCCAUUUGUUUUUGAGUUCUGAGUAUUGUGUUCGUUCAACAAUCCUCCCAACUCGGCAUGUUCACACUGAAAUUCCCACUUUUGAAUCGUUGAAAAAUCUAGUCACGGUCGAUAGAGCAUGUUUCCAGUAUGCUCCAACAAGAACUCGGUGGAACUCAGUAUUACUUUUUUCAAAACAACCCGAUCAACAGAGCCUAACAGAACUUUAUCAAAUUUAUAUCUGAUAUAGAUAUUUAUAUCUCAUUGAGGUAUUAACAUGGUACCAAAUCCAAAGAAGAAACCAAAGUUGUAUCAAAGUUCUAUCAAGGAUAGAUAUGAUAUUCUGGGUUGUUGAAUGUUUGAUAAACGAAAGAACUACAAUUUAACAACAGAUAGAUAUAUGCAGAUUACAUAUUUUAUUAUUAUUCAUAUUGUUUUAUUUCACCGUUUAUCGUUCUAGACAUUCGUCGGAGAUAAUGUACAUGUCAAUUAUAUUUCAAUCUACUUGUGUCCGUAUUUUGGAUAAAGAAAUGAAGUUAAUUUUUAAUUUGGGAUCAUUUUCAUUCAGUUGAACACUAAUACAUUGGCGAAUAGUCGCAUCCAGUUUCAAUAAGAAUAAUGAAUUUGAUAAUUUGAAUGUGUACAUGUUUUCGAACAAUUUCUUAGUUAUCAGUUUUUCGACUACAACAAAAAUAAUUUCUGCGGAAUCCAGAAGAACGCGAACAACAUUAAAGAAAGCAUCGUUUAAUUUAAUGAACGAGUCGUCGUACUUAAAAUUUUUACAAACGGAUCUCGCGCAAAUGUUGAUUCCAUUGUAGACACACUUUCCAAUGUCGUUAAAAUCGUUUUUAUUAAUAGGAGGAUUCAUAAUUCCAUCGGGCAGUAUGCAUUUUGCCUGCUGAUUAUAUUUGACCAGUUUGUGUUCAUUCUUCCAGUGCCGUUUCACCCAUUGCUUAAUAGUUGAAUUAUCAGGUAACGUUGUGUGAUGACAAAUUCGAUUCAUAAUGAAUUUUGAUGUAAGCUGAAGUACUGGAUGAUUAUUAGAAGUAUGAAAAUCUACCAACAUACUGUUUCCAUUCUCAUAUGGAAAAAGUGACGUGUUCCACAAAGCACCUAAAUGGAUUAAAUCGGAAAAAAUAAGAAAUGCAUCGAAAAAUUGUGUUUGAUAUACAACCUAAGUUUAUAACAGUCCGUACUAAGUGCGUUGAUAGAUGUACAUUAUACAGCAUAUUCUCGUCUCCAUAAAGUUGUCCAUAUUGCUUAGCAAAUUUAUUAAUUCGUCUUUCGCAAGCCGCUAUAGUGGAUUCUGUGAUGCUUAACUCCAACAGUUCAUAAAUUGUGGAAGCAAACAGCAUAAUGUGUUUAAGAUAUUUGGGAGGCAGUAUGUUAUAAAAGCACGGGUAAAAGCAAUGCAAAAGUAUGGUUUCCCACUCCGAUGCCUUGAAUUUCCUAUAUUCUUCCAAUCUUCGUAAUCUUCUAGGAAAGCAGCUUGGAAGACAAAUAGAAAGAAGUCUGUCUUCUAUAAUUUCCUUCCAAUUGCCUACGUAAUAUGGACGUUGUUUAUCUCCGUUUGCAUUUAAUAGCAGCUCCCAUAAAACUUUAGUGACGCCCAGAAGUCCCAUAUGCAUGUAAUCGACAGGCAUUCCGUCAAUGAUAUUAAAAUCGGGUACGCCUACUAAUACACAUAUUCCUUUUAUUCCAAAUUUAGGUUCCUGUGAUGCUGAGUUAUAAACCUCCAUCAUUAACUGGCGUGAUUCUUCAUUUUUCCUAAUCUUGGCUUUCUGAUAAGGAUAUCGUAUUUGAUUGUUAAUAAGUUUUCCAGAAUGUAAGCAUGUAGUACAACCGAAAAAGCCGUUGAAUUGUUUAAAACACAAUAAUUCGCAUCUCGCUACCGAAUCCAAACAAUAUUGAAGUAAUACAACUUGGUAAACCUCAUUUCCUAUAAUCAUUCCUUUUCGCAGUUUCUGUAGCUCCAAAACAAGAUUUUUGUGAAAUAGAGCCAUGCUAGGCUUACCUCUGCAGAACCAAAUACUUGCUAAGAGAAGGUUGUUCUUGCUGAACCGCAAUCUUGGUGGUAGAUUAUUUACGACUAAAAAUAUGGGAUAUACUGGUUUUUUGUUGGUGCAUUUAAAUGCAACUGCUGCGUCUUCAUUCGCAGAUAGAGUAAUGUAGUUUCCCGGAGGUAAAGACUGUGCGAGUCGACCACGACUAAUAUCCGCAAUAUUUUCAUUUUCAACUAUUUCUUCAUAUUCUUUAAUCUCUUUGAAAUAUUUUGUAUAGGUUUCUCGGAUCUGUUCUUCAAUAGGAAUUAUAAUAAAAAAGUCUUUCGUUGUCGAACCACAGUUUUCAAUAGGACAUAUUGAUUCAGGACAUUGUUCGCUCUCAUACCUGCAAUAUUUUUAGUAUUCAUGAUGAAAUUAAAAUGCAAAUUUUUUACCCCACCCGUAUUGACAGUUUGUGCAAAAAUAAGUUCUAUUAAUAUUGUAAGGAUCUGGAAACAUCUUUGCAAACGUGGCAAAUUUCUUUGGAAACGGCUUUAGCUUCGUCAUUAAAUUCAGCAUUCGCAUUAAAUCUUCUACCGCUUCUUGAGUUAACUUAUGUUUAACGUAGACGUUCAGCAUCAUGAAGAGAACAUCAUUUACUUUCAUGUCAUCAAUGAAGGUUAUAUAUCUUUGCUCAUUAUGAAAUUGCUAAGGUUAAAAACAUUAAAUUAAUUUUUAUCUUACUUAAUUUAUUACUGAAAUUUGUAAUUGUUAACCUUAUCAAAUUGAGCAUCCUUUUCAUUUACGUCCGCCGUUUGAUCGAUACUUGUUAUUUCACUCCUAAUGUCAUAGUCAUCUCUCUAACGGUUACCGAUAAAAUGUUUAAAUACAACUUCUUUGCAUCUGAUCAUGCAAAUUAAGGUACCUACUUCUUCAUAAAUUGGUCGUUCAAUUACAUUAUUGUCGCCACGAACAUUGUUAUUGUUUUGCCUCAUCAUAUUAUCAUUAAGAUCUUCAUUUCGCAGAUUAAUGGAAAAUGCAUCAUUCAAUAUGAUCUCCGUAUCCGGCAUCUCUCGGAUUGCAUUCGUUUGUGAAUUGUUUUUUUGUUGCUGAAAAUUUUGUAUACUAAAUUGGGAGGACUAGUAUUGUAAAUACUUCAUACCUUUUUUAUAUACUUUCGAUUGUGCCAAGGAUGCAUCAGGUAAUGAUGACGAGGUCUUCGUUGAGUAUGCAUUUUCAGCGACUUGAUUUGUUAUUCUUUGCUUUUCAAAGUAUAACACGAACCGUCAAUAGCAGAGUUGCCAUUUCAAAAUAAGUAUUUCAAUGUGAAAAAAUUGUAUUGCAUACUAUUGAUCACAAUCUAUUAAAAUCUGUGGAAAACAUUUUGAAAAUCUACCCAUUUUUAUGAAAUAUUCAUAAAAAUCGGUAGAAAUCUGUGAAUUUUGAUAAAAUCUAUGUUCUGCGCACAAAAUUGGGGUAGCAAAAUAAGUAAAUUAUCUGUGGUUUUACAGAAAAAUCUGUGAAUAUGGUAACUCUUGUCAACAGGCCAGUCAAUGUAAUGAACAGAGAUGCCAGAUAUGUUUUAGAAAAUCUGUAUUGCUCUGUAUGAAAACUCUGUUGUUAUCUGUAUUCACUAAUACAAUGAAAUUUCUACAGUAGAAUGAUGUUAUUCUAACAUAUUAUGGUUCUAGAAUGGAAGAUUCAAUGAGCAUUUAUUUUUUAUAUCUUCGUAGUUCAUUGCCGCGCUCACAAGAAUGAACAACGACCAAAUUUAAUAUAAUUGUUUUAUCAACAACCAUUAAAAUGCAAUUCGAUAUACUUAUAUACUUUGAAAAUGACAAUAAAAGCUCAUGAUGCUUAAUGUAUUUCAGUGCGGAUAAUCACAUAUUUGCACAAAAGGAUUUCCAAUUCAAUUUGUGAUUUGCCCGUUGAUUAAAAAACUUUUAAUUUGUUUAUUUAUAUCUUUCUUGCUUUUUGCGAAAUCUGUAUAAAUGGCAUCUCUGUUUGUGAGGUCUAGAGCGGCCAAAUUAGAAUCUGUGCCUCAACAUAAUAAAUGUUUCCCAUAUUUAAUGCAUGUUUUUGUUUUAAAUCUGUGGAAAUUUGUGAGAAAUGUUCUGAAAAUCUUUAAGUUUAGCAAAAUAUGCUUAAAAUUUGUGAAUUCUGAAAAAUUUUGUGAUCUGUGCCGCAGAAUCUGUUUGGUAAAAUUAGUGAGUGUUUGGUUUUAUUAAUAACUCUGUGGAAAUGGCAACCUUGGCAAGCUACACUUUACGUCAUUCCAACAAGGCCACGUUGCAGAAGUAUAGGAGGUUAAAAUUUAAAAUGUGAAAAUCAAAUUACGAAGCAAUAUGUAUAUGAAAAACAAAAAAACGUAAAAUACUAACGUGACAAGCACGUCAUUCGCUUCAAGUGAAAUUUCAAUUGCUCAACACUAUGGUAUUUGGCAUUUAUGUAGUUGAGAACACUUAAUUAGUUCAAUGCAGAAACGAUGCAACCGAAAACGCCACACAAUAACAAAUAUCUAGGAACUAUCGCUUCCAUGGAAUUUGACUUAUGUUGAACCAAGUCGUCUUACGAGCAUGUAAACAGUACUCCUAAAUAGUAAAAAAAACUGUUCCACAAACGAAAAUGUAAUGACGUCUGUUUGUAUCCUGCAAACGGAAAUGUAAAUUCAAAUAACAUAAACGAACUAUAAUAUUAAGACUACUUGAUUUUGGAAAACCAACAUUUCAAUAAGAUGCCGAGAAUAUUUUUAACGACCUAAAAUGAGAAUAAAUUCUUUAUUUUUAUAACCUUUACAUUAUCAGCCACUGCCGACCACCAGUAGGAGGCUUGAUUACCUUAACUAUUCAUUUUUUUGUAACAGUAUGUUAAAAAUAGUUAUUAGUACUAAACUACAAAACUACAUCUUGCCACGAAUUGAAUAAUGUAAAAACUUGCUUGUAAUGCAAACUGUAAUAUAUUCACCGUUAGUAUUUAGUCUUGGUAUACUCCGUUUUAGUUUAUUGGCUGCAACGUGCGGAAGCAUCCGCUUUUUUUUCAAAAUGGGUAAAAGUCGCGGAAACUAUAUAAGUGUGGCUAAAAGAAAAGUCCUUUUAACUGCGAACCAGCACAAUUCGAAAUUCCUCAAUAACUCGAAAAGCGUGCAGGAAAAAUAUGCUCAAAAUAGUGAAAAAGUGAUCGGAAACACAAUGGCAGCUACCGAACGUUUGACUAUCCAUGACGCCACGGUAAGUUAGUUCAUCAUGUAGACGAAAUAAACUAUUUUCAUUAUAUUUCAGGUAAAGAAAAUUGUUUCGAAAAAUCAGAAAUCAGCAAAAGAGUUUCAACGAAAAAAGCUUUUUCGAAAAUGUGCUGUUCGUGCUCGACUAGAUUUGUUUGAAAAUAUUCCGGAUGGCGAGCAAACUUCUGAAAAUAACCCAGUGGAAGAGAUUCAUCGGCAGAGUAUUGGAAAAAAAUCAGCAAGUGAUGUUAUUUUGCGAGAAAGUGACUUGGAAAACUGGUCCUUAGGAUUAAAUCGCAAAAAUGUAUUGCAUACGCUUCAAAAUGGUGAAGAGAAACACGAGUACAAUUGUGAGACUAAUUUCGUAAACAAUCCUUCACGAAAUAUGUAUGAAGGUAAGCGGCUGCUGCUCGACAAUGUUAUGAAUAUGGAAAAUGAGGGAAAAGUUAUCCCAAAAACUAAACAAACUCAAAUUAAAACGAGAAGCAAUAACAAAUGCUCCGUCACCGAAAAAAUAAUGCACGAUGACUGUUCUCAAACAGACUGUAUACCCACGAAUUUUACAGCUAAUAGAAAAAAGCUAUCUUUACCGGUUAAACGAACUUGUGUUUUACCAAUUUUACCCAGUUAUAACCCAUCUUCAACAUUGUCAGUCAACAAUGGUCUCGGUACGGUAGAAUCGAUAUCUGAUGGUAGCAUUGGCCAAAGAACUCCUAACGUCUGCAUUCCAUAUGCUCAAAUAUCGUCAUUAGACUGUACUGCAGAAUCGGACACGGGGGAUUCUCACUCUUACACAUCUGCAUCGACCGAUUCAAAAUACUCCUGUUAUAGAGAUAUUCAGAGAAACAACAUCCAGAACAAAAUCGAUUGGUAUUCUAUCGUGUGCAAAUGUGGUCAUCAAGCAGCUAUUGAGUUAUUGAUAAAAAAAUAUACAAAAUUGGUGGAACAAAAUAAAAAAUUGAAGACUAAAUAUGACGACACAUCAACAAGAUGCAUGAGUCUCACUGACGCUCUAAGCAGUAAACUUAUUGGUCAGCCACGAACUACAAUAUUCACCGAAGUAGCAGGAUAUCCCGAUCAGAAUAAACUUCGCAUGUUUUCCGAUGCCGCAAACAAAAGUGAUUACAUAUUUGUAAAGCUGCUUAUGCUUCAUUUGUGGCCCGAUGGUUUGCAAAAUCGAACGGUGACGGGACGCGCUUCUAACAACCCUCUAGGUAGAAGCCGGCAAGAAAAGUCAACUUCUUUUUGUCCGGAAUCUAGCUAUAAGCGUAUCGCUCUCGAGUCUGAAAAAGUUGAAUAUAUAUCAAAUCGUCUUCUUGAACACCGUUUAUUCCUGGGAGAUGCUCCGUCGAUUGCGAAGAGAAACGCAGAUGAGUGCUGUCAACUGAUGGCGAGAGUCAUAUCGUAUUACGGCAAAAAACGUUGAUUUCAGAGACCUCUCGUUUUAUCAAUCAUUUUCUGUUUUGAUUUCCUUUCACUGAAUAUGUAACUGACACAAUUGGAUUUUGUGUCUUUUUAUUUUAUAUGAUAAAAACA